AUGAGCGCCCCCGUCUACGACGAAAAGCCGGCACUCACGCCCGCCGACGCCGCGCUCGACAACGAUUCGCUCGACAUUCAGCCCCUUGGCCUCGCAGAGGAGGAGUACCAGCAUGCCGUCCGCAAGCUGCGAUGGAAGGGUAUUGAGAAGGACCUCGGCAUGAAGGGCCAGAACUUCAACACGGCCCUCUCCGUCUUCUUCUGUGGUUACAUUCUGGGCCAGAUCCCGUCCAACAUUGUCAUGUCCAAGAUCAAGCGUCCGUCGAUCUACCUCGCGUGCUUCGUCAUGCUGUGGGGCAUGGUGUCUGCUCUGACGGGUAUCGCGAACGACUACUCGCACCUGAUCGUCACCCGUUUCUUCCUCGGUAUGCUGGAGGCACCUUUCUUCCCCGGAUGCCUCUUCUUGCUCUCGUCGUGGUACACGAAGCGCGAGCUCGCCUUCCGCACCUCGAUCCUGUACACUGGUGCGCACCUGUCCGGAGCGUGGGCCGGUCUGAUUGCGGCGGGCAUCCAGGGCGGCCUGGACGGCGCGCGGGGCAAAGAGUCCUGGCGCUGGCUCUUCAUCAUCGAGGGCGCGAUCACCGUCUUUGUCGGUCUUUGCGCGAUUGCCAUCCUGCCCGACUUCCCCGGCUCGACCUGGUGGCUGACGGAGAAGGAGCGCAAGCUCGCCCAGUUCCGCCUCAAGCGCGACGUCGGCGUCGAGGACUUUGACGACGACUUGCCCAUGAAGCAGCGUUUCCUCCGCACCUGGUCCGACUACAAGGUGUGGCUCAUGGCCCUCAUCUAUGCGACCAUGACGACGGCCGGCGGAUACAACAGCUUCGUGCCCACUGUUAUCGCGCAGUUCGGCCGGUCCCGCGUCACCACCUUGCUGCUCACGGCCCCGCCCUACUGCGUUCCGGCGAUUACGGAGCUGAUCGUCUCGUACUCGAGUGACCGCUUCCGCGAGCGCUGCUUCCACUACACGAUUCCGAUGAUCCUGGCCAUCAUCGGCUUCAUCAUCGCCGCGAGCACGACUGCCCUGGCGCCGCGCUACGUCUCCAUCUUCUUCAUGACGGGCGGCCUCUCGUCGAGCUUCACCGUCUUCCUCGCCUGGAUUGCGAGCACGUUCCCGCGCCCCCGCACCACGCGCGCCAUCGCGUACGGCACCAUCAACGCGUUCGGCAACAUGGCCCAGAUCUGGAGCCCCUACCUCUACCCGCCCAAGUAUGGGCCGCGGUACGUCCCCGCCUUCACUGUCAGCGCCAUCAUGGUCUUCCUCUGCAUCUGCCUCAGCUUCUUGCUCAGGUGGUGCCUCGUGAGGGAGAACAGGCGCAUGGGCCCGAACGACAUCAAGCAUGCUCUCUAA